UAACGCAACUUUAUGUGCAUGCAACUAGCACUGCCUGUGAGAGUGUAAACGUCAUAUUUGUGCUGCGAGUAUUACAUGCCGGAAACAGCUCCGGCGUAUUUCGGAACAUUAUGGCUUUUUCUAACAUCUCUAUUGACGAGGUAAAGGAAAAGAUAGACGAGGUCCGUCGUUUUCUUUCCGUCUCAUUACGGAUCGCGAACGCGCACACUGUAGAUUUCUACACGUGCGAUGUGUGGCGCGCGUUCAUAGUUCUGGAUCCUGAGGAGGUUUUAACUGUGGUGAAUUCCACUCGGGACCGCACGGGGGCGCCAGAAGUGAACACUACGUAUGGGUUCUGCGACAUCAGUAAGAAGCUAGUGGACGUGUCGGCCUUGCUGACGGCAGCUGAAGCACACUCUCUGCCAGGCCUGGGAGUCUGUGAGCAGCGGCAGACGCUGAUAGACACGCUGAGAGUGAUGGGCGGAGACACCCAAGAUGGGGUCGCAGAUGGACCUCUGCUGCCUGAUGAAUUCAUGAACUCUAAGAAGGCUCAUGAGGUGCCAGCUAUGGCUGAAGUGGUGGCUGCUUUAUCCAGAUGCUGCAAAGUCAAACAGGUUAUAGACGUGGGCUCGGGUAAAGGUUACCUUUGCUCUUUCCUGUCCCUGCAGUACAGCCUGCAAGUGUUUGGCAUUGACUGUUCCAGCACAAACACGCGUGGUGCUAAAGAGAGAAACAGGAAACUGAAGAGGUUUUCCAGAGCCUACCAAAAACACAGCCAAGCCAGCCCUAACCAGGAAGUUCCAAAUAAAGAAACGAGAGACAGGAAAGAAGAUGUCGAUGAACGACAAGAGAGGAUGCAAAGCCAUCAGAUAAUCAGACCUUCUCAAGAGCGGGAAGAAGAGAAUAAUGUGAAUGAAAGUGAAACAAAAAAUCAUGUCACAGUAGGCAGAAGUAAUGACAUAGAUGAAAUGCAGUGCUCUACUUCACCAGAUCUACGCAUGGAUUCUCUCUCGGCUCUGAGCAUCCCUAGAGAAUUAGAAUCAGCCAGUGCUGAUUUAGAGGACCCCUUUUUUACAGUGUUGGCACCUGAUAUCGUGGAGCGAGCCUCCCCUCGGGUUCCCCCUAAUCAGUUAAGCGAAGAGGAGAGAGAGAGGAGGAAGAGAGAGAACCUUGAAAGGAAGGCGCGCGAGGGAAAAGGCAUCAGUGACACCAAAAACCUGUACUCGCCUCUGACGUCUUAUGUUACGGCCGAAACAGAGCUUAGGACACUUAUUACAGAGCUGGAGAAUGCAGUCUUGGUGGGCUUGCAUACCUGUGGAGAUCUGGCUCCCAGCACACUGCGCAUGUUCAGGGCCAAACAGGAGCUUCAGGCCGUGUGCAGUGUGGGCUGUUGCUACCACCUGCUGUCUGAGGAGUUUGAUGAAGAUGCACAGGAGUGCGACAGUGGUGUGUAUGGAUUUCCCAUGAGCCAGUAUCUACGGGAGCAGGCGUGCUUCUGCGGGCGGAACGCCAGGAUGUCUGCAUGUCUUGCUCUCGAGCGGGUAACAGUUGGAGGAGGGCUUCCUAUGGAAUCACUCUUCUAUCGGGCUGUUUUUCACGUUAUUUUACAGGAACACUAUGAUGCCCAUAAGAGUGAGAAGCGAGUGGGGAACCUUUAUUCCAAAACAUCCUCAUUUGUGGACUAUGUGAGGAGAGCUCUCAGGAAACUAGAACUGGAUGAAACAAAGCUCUCAGACAGUGUGAUUCAGAGUUACCAUGACCGGUAUAUCUCUAGGAUGAAUGAGAUGGUGGCAUUCAACAUGUUAAAGGUGACUUUGGCUCCCUGUGUCGAAGGGCUUAUCAUGCUGGACCGUUUGUGCUACUUGAAGGAACAGGAGAAUAUGUCUUCUGCCCUGGUGCAGCUGUUCAACCCACUCCUGUCCCCCAGAUGUUAUGCAGUUGUUGGAAUAAAGGAUCCUGGCAUUCCAUAAAGCCCAAAUAUGCUUUAUCGUAAAAGAAAUAUGUUUUAUUCUAGGACUCUUAUUGUUUUUAUAUUUAAAUUCUACAUUCAUGUGCUAAUAGCUAUUUCCAUUAUAAAAAGAGUGUCAAACUCAUGGAUUUGUAUAUUAUUACAUAAUAACGAUUUAAUCAUAAAUACGUUCUGGUUUCUUCUUGUGUGAUUAAAGUUUAUUUAUUCUAACCUAA